GUUUUUUUCCGGUUCGUUAUUGUCGUGGAAGAUGAUAACUAUACUGACAGUGUGGCAGAGAAGCUAGCUAGUAACUUCAACGUACUGUCGGCUAAUCUGCGUGUGACGGAGCUACACGGUCUCAGAGCCCGAGAUCGCCGUUUCCCGCCGUCAGAGCAGCGCGUUUGUGUUGUUCACAGGUUUUAAAACGUUUCGGCCGGAGUGAGGAGACGUUGGCCUCGCCCAGCAGAUGCCAUGGAGUCCGGUGAGGAUGGGGGCCUCAGCGUGGGAGGCUCGUCCGGAGAGGAGAACUACUUUCAGGGCUACACGUUCACCGACCGCUCCCACUCGAGCCGCGUGGUGAAGAGCAUCAUGGACCUGUGCCUGGAGGACGGCCUGUUCGCGGACGUCACCAUAACGGUGGAGGGCAAGGAGUUCCAGCUGCACCGUCUGGUGCUGUCGGCCCAGAGCAGCUUCUUCAGGUCCAUGUUCACCUCCAAUCUCCGAGAGGCCCACGAUCGACACAUCCAGCUGAAGGACGUGAGCGCGCCCGUCUUCCAACUGCUCGUGGACUACAUCUACCAUGGCACCAUCAAGCUGCAGGUGGAGGACCUGCAGGACACCUACGAGAUGGCCGACAUGUACCAGCUGACAGCCCUCUUCGAAGAGUGCUCCCGCUUCCUCUCACGAACUGUGGAGGUCAAGAACUGCCUGCAGGUGAUGUGGCUGGCGGACAGACACAGUGAUCAGGAGCUGUAUACGGCAGCGAAGCACUGUGCUAAGAUUCACCUGGUGCAGCUGCACCAGACAGAGGAAUUCCUCAACUUGCCUUUACGUCUCCUCAUGGACAUCAUCAAAGAUGGUGUUCCAAGCUCUCAAAAUCCAACUGCAGCAAUAGAGUCUUGGAUAAACCACAACAAAGUAGAGCGAGAGGAGUUCUCAGAUAUGCUGUCAGAUAGCCUCAAGGAGAUUGGUGAGAAUGUGCACAUUUACCUGAUUGGCAAGGAGGACACGCGCACACACUCACUGGCCGUGUCGUUGCACUGUGACGAGGACGACGCCAUUAGCGUGAGCGGCCAGAACAGCCUGUGCCACCAGAUCACGGCAGCCUGUAAGCAUGGUGGUGACCUGUAUGUGGUCGGCGGCUCCAUCCCGCGCCGCAUGUGGAAGUGCAACAUGCACACCAUGGACUGGGAGCGAUGUGCUCCGCUACCUCGUGACCGCCUCCACCACACACUUGUCUCUGUGGCCAGUGAGGAUGCUAUCUACUCGUUAGGGGGCAAGACUCUGCAGGACACACUGUCCAACGCUGUUAUCUACUACACGGUGCGGGAUAACAUGUGGACUGAGACCAGUCAGCUGGACACGGCUGUGUCAGGUGCUGCUGGGGUCAACCUAGGUGGGAUUAUCUAUCUGCUAGGUGGGGAAGAGAAUGACAUGGACUUCUUCACCAAACCAUCACGCCUCAUUCAGUGUUUUGACACGACCACACAGAAGUGCCAGACCAAGCCAUAUAUGCUGCCCUUCGCUGGCUGCAUGCAUGCCACUGCACAUAAAGACUUGAUCUUCGUGGUGGCUGAGGGCGACUCUCUGGUGUGCUACAACCCGUUGCUGGAUAGCUUCACUCGCCUGCGCUUCCCAGAGGUGUGGAGCUGUGUGCCUUCGCUGUGGAAGGUCGCUAGCUGCAACGGCUGCAUUUACGUGUUUAGGGACAAGUGUAAGAAGGGUGACGCUAACACGUUAAAGCUGAACCCCGCCACUUCUGUGGUGUCUGUGAUCAAGGGAAUCAAAAUACUCUUAACGAACUGGCAGUUUGUCUUGGCCUGAUGUUUAAAUGCUAAAUGUUUACAGUGUCUGUCUGCCCUGCGAUGGACUGGCGACCUGUCCAGGGUGUAUCCUGCCCUCCGCCCAGUGACUACUGGGAUAGGCUCCAGCUCUCCCCACGACCCAGAAGGAUAAGUGGCUUACAAGAUGUGUGUGUGUGUGUGUGUGUGUUUACAGCGAGACUUUGGACAUAAUCAUAAAGGACCAUGUGAACGUUAAGCCUACAGUUUCCAGUGAUGGUGAAUAGUGAUUGUAGUUGGAAAAGCAUUAGCGCAAGGCAGUGGUUUUGUUCUUUUGCUUUUGUGUUACAAGCUUUAUCCUGUUGUGCAAUGUGUUAUACCAAGGCACACAGUGCAGUGUCAGUGAAAGCCAUGUGAAAUUUGAAUUAUCAAAUGAAGUGACACUUUCCUGGCAUUUAAACCAGCCAUUUAGUGUCGAAUUUCCAAGAGACUACGUUGCAAGCAGUAUAAACAAGUUUCGUUAUUUUGUUUUCUUGACAAUAGCAUCUACUGUCAGCUUCAGACAGUAAGGUUGUGAGUACAGUUAGACUCUUGACUGUUUCACUGACUUGCUUAAGAAUGCACAUUAUUUUCAGCUUAAGAUGGUUCAUAUUUAUUAAACCAUUUUGGUUUAAGAGUACUAAUGUUGUGCUAUAAUUGAGAUCAUUUUGGCACGAUACCACGUUUUCUUUUCCACCAACACUGAUAUUGAAACUGAAUAUUCACUAAUACUGAGACAAUGAUUCUACUAAACUUCAAAAUGAGGUACUUUUAAGAGAAGCGGAUCAUUUAAGAUGACAUCUAUAUAAUGUCUAAAGGUAGGCUACCGUGCUCAAACUACUCAAACGCUCUAUUUUUUUCCCCACAUGAAGAAAUACACAGUUAACAUCACAUCACACAAUGUGAAUGUAUGCUAUUUAAUGAUAGAUUUGUUACAGGAUUAAAUCAGGUUUUAUUCUUUCUUUUCUCCCCCUCUGAUGUCCAAUCCAGCAUUUUCUGCUGAAAUCAGCCCGAUACCCAUCACUACUAGUAUGCCAUCUCCAGAAAUUUUAUCUGUUAGGAUGUAACAGUCCAAAAACUAAUUCUAGAUCAGUACUCUUACUCUGAAAAGUAUGGUAAAUAUGGGCAAUGCUUUUAUUCAGAUUAGUAUGCCUUAUAACAUGGAUAGAUUUGACAUAGUAAUUAUAUCAUAUGCCAAAGUUUUUUUUUGUGCAAAUGACAGUGUUGUUAUGGUCACACAACACCACAGCUGAACUGAUAAUAGCGGAAUAAUGGGCGGAACAAUAAUAAAUAUGAGGUAGCUACUCUAGUUAUUGAGUUCUAUAGUCUAAAAUAUGAACAAGUACGAAUUUCCUACCAGAUGUAGCAAAUAAGGGUUUCACAUCAAAAGAAUGAGAUAACAUGAGGAUUUAAAUAAAUAUCAGGGCAAAAAAAAAUCUUCACAAUGCCGUCACUAAGAAGGUCUACAUAGUAUUGACAAGUUCUGUGUUUUCUGUGAUGUGCAUAUCCUCAGUGACUCUGGUGGUGAAGACUUUUGCUGAUAAAACUGAUACUCAUGCAAAGGCUUUUAAAGCCACAGACUUUUUAUGACUUUCAUUCCAUAAUGUACUCUUUUGGCCAACAUUUGCAUUAAAUGUGAAAUAUUAA